AUGUUUGCACGAAUACUGAAAAAGUUGUUAGAAAAAGUUGUGAGUUGUGGGUUCAGGUUUGGAUUUUCCAAAGAAGUAGGAGAGGAAGAAGACAAUCAGUACAGUACAAUCGAAAGCGAUAUUCGAGACAAGGAAAGGCAGAUUCUGGAGUUGGGAACAAUUGAAAUGUAUGAGGAGACAACUGGUUUGACUGUGAACGACCCUGUUCUUUGGACGCACAAGACCGUAUUCGAGAACAUUCUAACGCAGCAUCAUGUUACCCUCCCUCCUGAUGCUUGCGGGAAAAUCACUUAUAUUGCACCUUCUGGUCAAUAUUCAUUGAAGUAUCUUCAUAAGAUGGAAAGUUUGGAAGAAAUUAGUCGAGUUAAAUUAGUGUUUUUCAAACGUAUGAAAAAGUAUGUUGAGAUGGAGGUGAUUGAGUUGCAAGAAAUUCGUUGA